CGUUUGUUUCCACUGACGGGGCUCUCUCUGGGCGGCUGCCCAGUGCAGCUCCUGCUCUUAUAAAUGCCCCGGCCGGCCAGCUCCCCUCAAACAGCACCGUGACAAGCAACGAUGAGGUCCCUGGUCUUUCUUCUCCUGUUGGGCGCUGCAGUGGCUAUCGACGAUGACAAGAUCGUCGGCGGGUAUGAGUGCAAGCCUCACUCCCAGCCCUGGCAGGUGUCUCUGAACUCCGGAUAUCACUUCUGCGGCGGGUCCCUCAUCAACGACCAGUGGGUGCUGUCUGCCGCUCACUGCUACAAGUCCCGCAUCGAGGUGCGCCUGGGCGAGCACAACAUCAAGGCUACCGAGGGCACCGAGGAGUUCAUCAGCUCCGCUAAAGUGAUCCGGCACCCGCGCUACAACGCCUACAACAUCGACAAUGACAUCAUGCUCAUCAAGCUGUCCCGCCCCGCCCUGCUCAGCGAGAACGUGCAGCCCAUUGCCGUGCCAACCAGCUGCCCCCCCGCCGGCACCAUGUGUAGAGUGAGCGGGUGGGGCAACACCAUGAACGCCAAUGAUAACCGUGACCUCCUGCAGUGCCUGGAGAUCCCGAUCCUGUCCGAGCAGGAGUGUGAGAACUCCUACCCCGGCAUGAUCACUCCCAACAUGUUCUGCGCGGGAUACCUGGAGGGGGGCAAGGACUCCUGCCAGGGUGACUCCGGGGGUCCGGUCGUGUGUAAUGGUGCGCUGCAGGGCAUCGUGUCCUGGGGGUACGGCUGCGCUGAGCAGAACCACCCUGGCGUCUACACCAAGGUGUGCAACUUCACUGACUGGAUCCAGAGCACCAUCGCCAGCAACUGAGCCCCGAGCCACGUGGGCCAUCCCGGACAGCCAGACAGACAGGCUGCCUGACCGCUAGCGCACCCCACUGACUUCAGCAACCGCCAAGCUCAUCAUCUACCCAUCAGGCAUCACUGCAGCACCCUCGCAGCUACAAACACUGCAGCCACAUCUGAAUCAGUGAGAGACUGCGUUUUGCAGCUGUCAAAUUCACGAUGGGCAACAAAUAAAGCAUUUUGAAUGAAA